AUGUCAUCAAAACUCUCCACCACCCUCCUCCGCCGCCCUUCGGCCCUCCCCUCCACCACCACAUACACCGCCUACUCGGCCUCUCGUCCAACGCCGCCAUCAUGCACCGCUCACGCCCAAGGCCAACAAAUCCGUAACGCAACCUUCGUCCCCCGCCACCGUCGCCCCUACCAAUUCACCCAGCUGGUCCAGCUCUCCGACGGCAGCACCUUUACGGUGCGCACCACCAUGCCCACGGCCCUGUACAAGAGCGCCAAGGACAGCCGCAACCACCUGUUGUGGCAACCCUCCGACAAGUCGCUCAAGAACGUCGAGCUGGACGAGGCCGGUAAGCUGGCCGCCUUCCGCGAGAGAUAUGGUCGCGGGUGGGAUCUGGAUGCGAAGAUGACGCCGGAGGAGGAGGCUGCUGCUGCUGCUCUUGCGGCUGCUGGUGGUGCUGGUGUUCCUGGUGGCAAGGCUGCUAAGAAGGCGGCUGAAGAGGCGUUGUUGGCUAAGAAGAAGAAGGAGGAGGAAGAGGCUGCUAAGAAGGCCGCUGAGGCUGAGGAGGCUGAUCCUUUCGAUUCUUUGACGGAUUUGAUCAGUGGGUAUGCUACAGAGAACAUGAACCCUGGGUUGAAUUUCAAGGAAACUCGUCAUUAUGGCAAGAAGAAGUAA